AUGAUUCUUUUGUUGGCAAUGAUCCUGUCUACUGUGAUUCUGAUGUUUACCUUUAUCAAGAGGAUUAACAGGAAGAAGGCGCCUGGAGACGAAAGCCCAAACCUGGAGCUUGAGGUGUACUUUCUCCAGAAGUCUGAGGGCGCAUCAUCCUCUACACUUCUGAAGCAGCUUGUUAAGGCAGCAGCUUGUUUCAAGGAGAGGGUGAUGAAGCUGGAGAAGGACAUGGAGGUUCUUGGCACCCUUUAUGAAGACAGGAUGAUAAGCGAGGAGCACUGGGAAAGGGUAAACGAGGAGAGCAAGAACUGCGAGGUGGAGAGGAUAUGCAUUGAGUCUGAGGCAAACAUUAUCAAGCCUGGGUAUGGAGAGGAGAUUUUCAAGGAUGCCUCCAGGGUCAGCACCAUAGGCCCCAGGAAGGGAAAGGGCCCUGGGGACGGUACCUUGUAUCAAAAGAAGAAGGAGGUUCUUGAGCUCGAGCUGCUGAGGAAGCUGGGGGUUGGCGGGUGA